AUGAACAUCUAUAAGGAGGAGUCAAUUCUUACAAUACCUACAAUAUCCUCGAAUGAUCCGGACACUCUUGAUGAGAAGUACGCUCAACGGCCGCUCUUUUCUCCAGCGAAAUCAGCAAAACGCGCCGAGGAGGACGCCACGGUGAAAUUUGACUGUCUUAUUCAAACCAUCGAGGCGAAGAAGGCGGAGUUGAUUUCCGCCAUCAAAGAGGAAAGGGACAGGAAAUUGGGCGCUUUGAAGGAGCAAAUUCAUCAGUGCACCUCCAAACUCACCCGAUCUACGGGUCUUAUUCAAUUUUGCAUAGAGAUGCUAAAGGAGAAUGAUGCCUUCUCCUUCCUUCUCAGUGGGAAAUUAGAUGACCGAUUGACCAGCUACGAGGAGUCUGACACCGUCAAUCUUCCUCUCGAGGUGUCCCAAUCUCUCAUAAAUCGGGCAUUACACACUGAACAGUCCUUCUUGCACGCAAUCGAGACACCUCCAGCCGUGGUUCAAUUCUGUCCACGAGCACAGCCACCGACUACUUCCGGCCAAUCACAUCCCUCCACUCCGGCCCACUGGGUCAAAAGCAGAUCGGCCCACUUGGCCCAUUCCAGCUUCGUCUCCCUCAUGCAAUUGGAUGCCAUUCAUAAGGUCAUCAGCGACCUCACACUCCACGAAGGAAUUGACGACCAACUUAUCGACUGUUCCGCCUCGAGCGCCUCCUCCGACUGUGAAGUUCCAAACGCCCCGGUAUUCCGCGCUGAGGAAUGUCUCUCCGAGGGCAACAUCAUCACGCUGGUUUGGCAACCUUGCCCAGGCUUCGGCAUCGACUACUACACACUGGAGAUCGAUGAUGGAGCUGGUGGGGCCUUCCGGGUACGUUCUCUCUCCUCAUCGUAG